CCAGUAUGAUAGAUAUGCCUUUGUAUCUACCCUGUCCUGUUUAUACAGAAAAUCGACGGGGCCAAAACUACGAAACCGCUCCCUGCCACCUUAAGUAUAUACCCGGACUAUUUAGGAACUUUAUUAUGUAGUUCAUUUUUCGUACAUGGAUCAGAAGGCAAAAUUGCUGUAAUAUGUCACUGCCGCCAUUAGUGACGACACCAAAGCCUGAAGAUGGGCGAAAGUACGCAUAUAGAUACUACAGUUUGAUAACUGAUGUAGGUGGAUAUGUAUGCAGGGGCAUAUUGCACUAUGAAAUGCAACUCACGAUAAAACUCGAAGAUAAUCCAGACAAUAAACGAGAGCUGUCCGAUUUCCUGAGAGCAUACAGAGACAAUAUUGAAGACUAUUAUUAUGGCAGAAAUAAUAAACCAGUUAUUCUGAAGAAACAUCAACACGAGAAGCUCUUUCCUGAAAGUGGUGAGGCAGACUCCAGUAAAUUUGACUUAACAUUGAUAUUAUUUUUGUUAAGAACCUGCAUAUUUUGCAACCGGAGCUCAGAAGCUAUGUGGAGAAGAGAACUACAUGAAAUUUAUCCCCAUGUGACAUCUGUGAUAGCUGAUCUCGCCAGAAUAAGAUGUUACAGAAAUAAGUUCCAUGACAUUCCAGAUACAAGCAUAUCGCUGUCAGCAGAAGACUUUUGGACUUAUUGGGGUGACCUUAGCCGGAUUUUUCUUCAUCUUGGAAAUUUAUAUACUAUUCCCGGAGUUUGCAAAAAGAUCUAUGAAUUGCUUCAUAAGCCGUUAGACGAAGAAAGAGUGAAUAGUCUGGAUGACCAUAUUAGACAGCUAAGAGAAGACUGGAAAGAAGCUGAUGACAAACUUACUGGAUUACUUCAAACAUUAGACUUAAACCAAACUGAAAUACAGGAGCAGGUUGAAAAUAUUUAUCAGAGAUUAGAUCCUACUGCUCGCUGUCAGCUAGAUAUAAAAGAGGUGUUGUCGGAGAAGUAUUUCGUGAAGACAGAACAGUACUUUGAGGUGAAAAAGAAGCUCCUGGACUGCAAUAUUGUUGUUAUAAACGGUGCGCCUGGAGAGGGAAAAUCAACAAUGGCGAAGAUGCUUUUUACAGACAAUGACAUAUCAAACACAGGAUGCAUGGAAGUAAGAACAAUGGGAGAUAUAGAGAAUAUAAGCUUCGAAAAUUGUAAAUUUGAUGCAAUCUUAAUUGAUGACAUGUUUGGUGCUGAGGUAUUUGAUAAACAAGAAAGCAGAAAAUGGCAAAAGAUUUUGCCUAGAAUUGUAAAAUGGGUUAGAGAUUCUCCUCAGCGUAUGCGAUACGUCGUUAUUACUUCUAGGACAUACAUUCUGCAAGAAGCAAUGCAGGAUCUGUAUCUUGAUAACAUAUUUGGCAAAGAGAAUAUCUACACUCUUCUUUCAAACGAACUGCGUACAGACGAAAAGCUUUCGAUUUUAAAAAAACAUUUUGCUAUUGCCAAAAGUAGGUCAAGCAAUGUCCACUCCUCAACUUCAAAUAAAGAACAUGCUACACUUCUUAAGAGAAUAAGUGAGUUAGAACUUAAAAAUCACGGGUCAUCUUUUACGAUAGGAUUUCCAGAAUGCGCAAGGUUAUUUGCCAAUAACGCAAGUAUAUAUAAAACUGGUGUUGAGUUUUUUCAAAAACCAAUGGUGCACGUUAUGAAAUGUAUUUCUGAGAUAACUGAGAACGAUGACGUAUUAGUAGCAUUUUUUGUUUUAUGGGCCCAAAAAAAGCAAACACUAACGUGUAUAGAUCUGGAGCGUUCUGUUCCGGAAACCUCAGUUGAUAUCAAAAUUCCUAUAUCGAAGCUCCAAUAUAAACCCAAGAACAAAAUAAGAAAUAUCCGCAAAGUAUUAUACACUCAUACGCAUGAAGAUGGUUUCAUUAUAUUAGACACGGAAAACAAUUUUCGUUUCAGUCACAAUGUAGUCCGAGAUGCUGUUGGUUUAAUUGCAUAUCGUAGAAAUGCAACAGCAGUUUUAGAAUUAUGCGAUGUGGCUUUUAUAGAAAAUUACGUCCGAAUUACAACAAUAAUUAAUGAGACGGAAUCUGAACGAAGCGACCAACGGAAAUCAGAAAACGUUAAUUUCCAACUUCAGCCGUUCCGAUAUGAUCAGCUUAGUCUCAGAAUAGCUGAUCUGGUGAUCCCGGACAAAUCUAAAAUGACAGGUGCCUCAAAACCAAGCCUUGGUCCAGGUACAGAAAUAAAUGCAACGUCAUUGGAGAAUUAUUCUAUCUUCAAACAUUCGAUAUUUGCCAGUGAAGAGUUUUGUAAAGUCUUCAUUGAAUCAAAUAGGAAAAAAGGAAAUCUCAAAACGCUUCUUACAACAGAGUUGAGAACAAUUACAUCAGAACUGAUGAAAUUUAAGUUUCUGGAGCUUAAUGAAAACGAAACUGCGGUCAGAUUACCGUCAUUCUUACUUUGGCAAAAUGAACAAUUAUCGAUUUUGGCGAAGCUUAGUUUCCAUGAAAUGAGGCAAUAUCCAGAGGAUUUGCAAAAAGAAACACGUAUAGCAUUGAUUAUUGCAUCAAUGAUUGGUUCGUGUGAAGCAGUUGAAUUCCUUCUAGGGAAUGGAGAAAAAGUAACUUCGCAAAUGAUCCUUUUGGCCUAUGAAGCUUUGAAGCGGUCCGGUUCGGGGAUCAGUCUUGGGAAAACAAACCAGGCAAUAACAUUGUUACAAAAACACUUCGGUGUUACCGAACCGAGUGGUCAGUAUCAAAUACAUAUCGCAGCACUUGAUGGAUGUUUAGACAUUGUUCGGCAAAUUCUAAAAAAACAUCCCUCACAAGCACAAAAUACAUUCACAUUAUCAAAAUUUAAUGGUAAUGAUUUAGAAAAAGCAUCAUUGUACCAUAUUGCAGCAUAUAAGCAAAACAAUAAGCUCAUUGAAUUGCUAUUGGCCGAAAAUGUUAAAUCAAAGGUUUUUGACGCCAAAAACAGAUCUCCUUUCCUGUAUGCCAUUUAUAAAGGAAAAUGCAAAGUUGUGAGUACACUUCAGGAAAUUGCAGAGAAACAUGGCGACGAAAUGACUCCUGAUACAGAAAAAAAUACGCCCCUGCAUGUUGCGAUAAGGAAGUUUGUCAAAGAAAAAGAUGAAACUAGUAAGAAAGUGUUCAGAGAUAUUGCGGUAAAUCUGUGCAGAAAAUGCACAAAAAACAUCAACAUGGUUAAUUCAAAAGGUCAAACGCCUUUGCACGUAGCAUGUGCGUUAAAUGCAGCGGAAGUAGUUGAAGAGCUGUUUAAAAGGGACAUUCAUCUAGCUGUAGAGGAACGAUCACUUAUGCAUGAUUUCGUAAUGAGUGACAAAAAGGUGGCCUUAACAUUAUUACUGGAAAAAGGCUUCGAUCACACUAUUACCGAUAAAGAAGGUAGAACUCCGUUGAUGCUUGCACAAGCACAAAACAAAACACAAGUAGCUGAUAUAUUACAAAGGUUCGCCCAAAAUCAGAAUCCGGGACCAUGUCUGUCUGAGAAUGAGCGAAUUACUAAAUCCUCAGAUCAAAUUAACAAACUGUCUGAAGAAGUGUCUGUUCAAAGUGCAGAAACUGGAGACAUAUUGCCAGAUGCCGUGUUACCCGUGGAUGCGAAAUCUAGUGCAAAGAAUCAGAACAAUUGAAAAACUAUCUAAAAUGCAGAUUUAUGCCGUUGACAAACAUGUCUUCGUAAACAGUAAAGUACUACCUUCAAUGACAUCAUUCAAUAAUUGUCUAAAGGUGGAUUCGAAAAUAGAACUCAGUGUCUCAAUCAAUACUUUCAGUAUUACCGUUUAAACAUGUUACGUUCAAGACGGUUGCUAGGGAUGCUGCGCAAACCCCUUAUGAAACAGUAUCCAUCAAACCGAGUCGGUUACAGAGACUGUGACUAUUAGAUCUGUCUCCGUUAUAUACCGGAUUCAAACGAUUUGAAUGAUAACUAUCAUUAAUGAAUAUAAGUUCUUGUAUUUUGUAACCAUUGUAAUACUAACCCUAAACUUUAGUAAGUAUAAUAUAAAUACUAUACACUUAAUGCGUGCGAACCUCAAUUAUUUGGGUAUUUUUGCCGAGCACUCCAACGAUAAUCACUUCCGGACAUGCAGAGAAGAGCAUUGAGCAGAAUGUAUUUACUUUGCAUACUAUAAAUAAUUCCAUGGUCUGAAAGAUAUUGAAAACGGAGGAAACCACCGUAAUAGACGGUUAAACAGCACCCUGUAGUUGUACUCCAUCUUGGGCCAUUUAUGAAAACCAGAACCGUGGUCACUUCAAAGGGGCAAAAUGUAGAAGUACUAAUAAACUUAAUUUCUAAAGAACUGAUCACAAAACAUAGAGGAAACCACCGUAAUAGACGGUUAAACAGCACCCUGUAGUUGUACUCCAUCUUGGGCCAUUUAUGAAAACCAGAACCGUGGUCACUUUGAAGGGGCAAAAUGUAGAAGUACUAAUAAACUUAAUUUCUCAAGAACUGAUCACAAAACAUGCUUGGUUGUAUGGUUUUAGUGAAAUGGAUUUUUUUCUACACAUAACGAGGCCGAAGGUCAUAUUAGAUAACCCUUGUUAAACAUUCAAAAUCAACAGACGAAAUUUUGUAGUGAAUUUCCCUGUAAGAUGUUAAUCUUAUUUCGUAAAGGUAUCAGUCAGGGUUUAUUACAUUGUUUAUUAAGGCAUUCACAUCUACGUAAGUCAUACCAGAUCUUACAGUGAAAUAUGAUAUUAUAAAAACCAACACCAAUACCCAUCAUUAUCGAUUACCGUAAUCGACUUCAGCAGACACAUCACCCUAGGCGGAGUACAUCUGGUAAUAAGGGUGUUCCUUGGACAAUUUUAAACGUUACUCUUGUCGUAAAAUAAAGGCAUUAAUAAUUGCGAAAUAUUUUUUGUCGGAAACAGUCAACCGCUUCCCCUAUAGAAAAAAUGCAGUUAUAUUGUGUCUGCUCUUUAUUUCUACUUUUCUGUGAAUAUACAUUUCAAACGCAACAUAAAUUACAAUUAAUAAUCAGUUUUAGCACACAUUAUAUAAACUGCAUGAAUUAUUACAAAAGUAGUUAAAGUAACUUUUCUUUGAAUACAUAAAUAGAGACAAAGGUGUAAAAAUUCUAAGCGUACAUGGUCAUGAUUCAUUACAGAAUACAUAUUCAUAAUGAAAUAAUCGCAUUUGUUCUCUAAUCAAUUAAACUAUUGCAUCUUUGCAAGUAGUGCAGAGAACGUUUUACAAACAGUUAUCAAGUGUUUACCUAGUCAUGAUAUGUCUGUCAAUGUAAUCAAACUAAAACUGAAUAAAUUCAUCGAAAGAGAAAGAAGAGAAUUAAAUCAGUUAGCAAGUCAUGUCUGAAUGAUUCAACAUGCAAUAUCAAUCAAAAGGAUCAAAAUCUGUAGUUCAUUUCGUUUCUGUAAUUGUACGUAAAGCAAAUUGUUUCAAGAUUUUGAUAUGAAAUUAUUUUAAUUUUUUUCAUGCUUGAUUUACUUCAGUUAACUCAGUUAAUUAUAUCAAUAAAGAUUUUACAUCUUCCUAGCAUAAACUGACCAUCAAAAUAGAGUGUCUUAUUCCGUAGACUUUUUCGUCAUAUUUACCCCUUACGGGCAAGUUAGAAUAUAUUUAGCACGCAAACAUGUCAUUUAAAUGUACAUAUUAUAAUAAUGUUUUUGAUAAAUCUAUAUACAUGUAUUUUUUGUUAUAAUAGGAAAGAAUAUAAGUUUGAUAUAAUAUUUACUUGUAUAGUCAUUUUUGUACAAUCUAGCAAGUUUAUUUUCUAUGUAUCAUAUCUAUAGUAGUACAUUCCUCUUGUAUUAUAUAUAAAGAAUUAUUCUGGUUGAACUUUUGUAUUAUAUAUCUAUACAAUAACGAUGUGCAUAUUUUUGUUUCAUGCCGCUGUGUUUUACCUAUUUUUCUAUGUCGAACUGUAGUAAUUUAUGACAAUGAAUAUUGUCACUUCAUUUUUGAAUGUGUGACUUAAGGUAUGUGAUCCGUAAUGUCAACUGGCAAAUUCCGUUCGAUUACGUUUUUUUUAUAUUUCUUGUUGCAUGGAAAGCCAUGUACUGGCAGGAGUUUCAUUUUCUAGGUAAUUUAGUUAUAAAAUGUAAUAAUAAUAUUUAGUCUAGCCUAUCAGUUUUUAUAUCUUAGUUUAAGUAUUGAUAUGUAUUCAGUAAUAAUAGCAUAUUGUAGAGUGACAUAAUCACUGAUUAUGCCCUUCGUAGAUUUAUUGGGCAACCUUCAUUAAGUCUGGAAAUUAUUUUAGUUUUAUCUAGCCACUCUUUUCGCAUUAUUGCUGUUUUAAUAAUUACUUUGUUUUAAAUGUAUGGUAGUUGUGUAUAACAUGUAAAUUGUUGAAUAGUCUCUUAUAAUUCUGUAUGGAAUAGCCAUAUACUUCUUGUAAUACGUUGUUUUAAUAGAAUAAUGCUGCUUAUCUAGAUGUGUUUAUAUGUGUAUGUGGAAAAGGUUUAAAUAAAUGUAGAAACUAACUUAUUGGUCGAAGUAUUGCCACAGCAAUUGCUGAUUGAUAUUACGGUUCAGGUACUUUAAAGAAGUUUAUGUUUACAGAUCACGACUGUUUCAUACGAGUCACCUGUUCAAAUGAUUAAUGUAUAUUUAGUAGACAUUAGAGUUUAUUCAUCCAGGCUAUGCCAACGUUAUUUAAAAAUAUUUCAAUGAUAAAAACAUUUUCUCUCUAGAUGGCCAUUAUUAAUAAUGAAUCCAUUUUUCGAUACUUUGACUUAUUGGAAAGCUUUCGGAUUAUGAAUACUGCUUUUAAAAGAUUGUUUAUUUUUACUUCUGCGUUUCGAAGACAUAAGAUUCCCCCUUGAAACAAAACAUUUUUAGAAAACAUGUAUGUGAGUGGUUCAGAAUUUAUUUCAACAGUCACAAGUUUUGUUUUGAAUUAUCUUUGAAUAGCUGGCAUACUGCUGCUGACAUGCAUGUUUACCUGUUACAAUCAGUCGGUAAAAUAUUAUUUGUAGAAUGAAUUUUAUAGAUAAAUACAUUUGUAUUUUUGAUAGUUUGUAUAAUGUAAAGUUGUAUCUAUUAUGAUUCCUUUUUAAUAGGUUGUAGGAGGUUGAUAAAGUUCAAGACUCCAAAAGCCAUAUUUUGUUCUAUAACAAGUUUCUUGUGAGGUUAAAGUAUAAUUAUAACGGUACGCAAAUAUGUCAUUCAAAUGCAUGCGUAUUAUAAUGUUAAUGAUGAAUAUGUAUAGGUUAUAGAAUAUUUAUUGACCUUUUAAUUAAAUAAGGUGUUGCAGUAACACAGCCCACGAAUUGACAGGAAAACAAAUUCAUUAGAAGAUCAAUACGUAAGGUAUAACCUAUGAAUAGUUUAACAAGUAAAAACUUUAAGUUACUAUUACAUCUAGCCAGCACCAUAUCAGCACACCACUAAAUGGUCUAAUUAAUGGAUUCACUCUAAACAUGCUAAAACAAGUAGUGCAUUAUCCGGCAUUAUAAAGUAAUAAGUGAAUCAAAAUUCGAAAAUCUCUGGUGGCUGAUUGAAUGUAAACUAUGCGUAUACUUUUGUUAUAAUAUAAGGAGUAUAUUUAAUUUUGGUAUUUAAUUUUCUUGCAUAACCCUUUAAAAGUGAUUCUUGUUGCAAAACUAAUAUUUGGGAUGAACAGUUGAUACGCAUUAUAUUGCUUUAUAUCUAUUGUAUGUUUUUUUUAUAUUUGAUACCAGUUUUGCACAAAAGUCUAUUUUUAUCUCACUUUGUAAUAUUGUAUUUUAUGUGAAGCUUUGACAGUAUGAGGAGAUUGAAAGUUUUCAUUUCAUCUGUGAUUGUGUAGCUGUAAAAAGGUCUAACUUGACAUUAAUUGCUUCAAAAGUGCCAUUUGCUUUACGCUUGUUUUGCAUUUAUUGUAGGCAACAGUGUUUAAUAAAUUGACUUGUUUCAUUUUAGGAAAGUUAUUGAUACUGUAUUUUUAUCUGUUAAAAAGCCUUCGGAUUAUCAAUAGAUGUGGAAAUAUACUUUUCAGUGAUUUCCUUUGUAAGGUUUUAAGUCCAUCACUGACAGUAUUAAGAGUACGAAAAUAUCACAUAUGUAUGACCUAUUAUUGUGUCGGCGUGACGUUAACCCUAACAAAAACAAAAAUAUAUAUACUCAUUAUAUUAUGUUACCCAUAUGAUAAAACAGUUAUUGACUCUUGAGCCAUUGGAUAUGAUGUUAUAUUCACCGAAGAGGCCAAUAUUGACCGAUAUGAUUCACCGGAAGAGGGUAAAUAUUAACCUCGACUAUUGCCUAAUAUUGCCCUCAUCCGGUGAAUAUCACAUCUUAUUACAUACUCGUUUUUAUUCCUCGUUAAGUUGCAUUGGUACCGGAAACGUCAAUAUUUUUCCAUACACUGACGCCUGAAUUUCAUAUCGGGUGCUUGACGUAAUUCAGCGUGUGUUGUUGCACUACUUUUUCUUCUUAGUUCAGUAUUGUCAAUCUUUUUCAGGCUAAUGAACAAAUCUAUGAUAUUUACAUUAUAUUUACUUGUGUAGAUGCGUAUGUAAUAAAAAAGUUAUUAUCUUUGCAUCGGGAAAUAUGCACCCGUUCUUCAGUGGAAGAAUAUUGCGCUUCUAUAGUCGCGCAAUAUUUCCGCUGAAGAACUCGUGCAUAUUUCCCGAUACAAAGCUAAUAACCUAUAAAUAUCAAAUGCAACCCAUUUAAGUAAAAGAAUCACCGUCUAAUAGAACAUUCCUAGAUUUUUUUAUCCCUUGAUAAUCUUAUCAGUUCGUACAAAAAAAAGGUUUUAUCUCAAAUUCGUUCAGCAAAUAACUAGAAUAAUGUUAAGGUUAAAAAGUGAGAAAAACAUCUAAAAGUAUAUGAUACCGAUGGUGUUUGAACUCAUGCCCUGAAAAAAAAGAAAAAUAUAUUCAGUCAUCUUGGCUACGGAGUCAUUUGAAUAGAAUUGUAAGAUAUAUGUGCCUCAUGUUCUAUACAUUCUUCCAAUGCUAUAAUGAUUUCUUUCAUGAUGACAAUGUAUAUAUUUACGAAGAAUGACAGUUACAUAUUUUUAUUCUGCAAUGCCAAUUACUGCUUUGCAUGUUUUCUCCCGUGUUCAUGCAUUGAUUUAUUUAUUUUUAUUUUGUAUUUCUGAGUACAACAUUGUACUAAAUUGUAAGGAAAAAAAAAUCAUCAACUUGACUUCAUGUACUCAUCUGUAUUUUGUGUAAAUGUCAAUUCUUUAAAACUAUUCAUGAAAUUUACGGUGUCUGCCAUGUUAAUUGUUUAUUGCAGCAAGUUGAAAUACGUUCAAUUUCAUAUUCAACUGCAGCAUGCUUUUAUCAGUUUGUUUAAUGUGUAUUGAUACGGUAUUAGAAACAUAUUUUUAUAAGAUCUUUAAUAAUGAUGUAUUGUCCCUUAUUAUACAUUUUUUUUGUGAAAGAAGUCCGCACUAUAUUUUAGGUCAGCGUAGUCUAAAAUGUUCUUUACCAUUUGAUAUUACAUGCGAGAUAUGUUGUCAUUGCAUGUUACUGUUCAUAUUUUUUGUUGUAUGCCAUGCUAUUUGUAAUUUUACCAUGUUAACGUAUUUAAGGAAGAGAUAUCUUACCAAAUUCUGAUUGGCUUAAGAAAUUCCGAAGUGCUAUCUAAUUAGUUUAGGCAUUUCUUCUAAAAUAGCGAUAAGCCUCACUUUAAUCGGGGCAGUUGCGAAGGCGCCAUUAAUUAUAUUUGUCAACAAUAACUAUCACGCAAUCUUAAAUCAUUCUUACUAAUAGUAAGUAACUUAUGAACCUUUCCCUAGAUUUCGGAUUACAAACUUUAGGAUCAAUGAAUUAGCAUUAUUUGAAUACAACUACAUGUAAAAUGUAUAUAUAUAAAAUCAUUUUAGUACGAAUUUAAGGAAAUCAAUCCUAAAAUACGGAUUUUAUGAUACUUAAGAAUACUGGACAUUUACCUUUUUCCAAGGCAACUGUCCCAAUUUGAGAGCUGGUGCACUUCAAGUUUUCUGAUAAAUAAGGAUUUAGGAGUGUUAUUUUGUAUGUUAUUGUCAGUUAUAAUGCAUUAUUGCAUGUAAUAGAUAGAAUUAUUACUAAUAUUGCUGUCGUUUUCUAUUCCUUGCUACUCCUUGUUUAUUCAAGCAGCCCUAUCCAAUGGUCUCGUAAUUAUAUGCGUAUUUUAUUAAAACAUCCUGGUCCCCUGACUACGCAUUAAGGGAUUUUAAUGUCACUUGGCACAAAUGUUCUCCAUGAUGAGACGACGUGUCAUGCACAAAACCCAGCCCACUGGCUCAAAGGUCAAGGUUACAAUUGGGGGUCAAAUGUAAACAGGGCUUUUUUUCCUGUCCGUUCCAUAGCUCUGUAAUCCAUGAAGGGAUUUUGAUACUACGAGGUACAAAUGGACCCAUGAUGAGACAUCGUGCCAUGCGCAAAACCUGGAUCCCUAGCUCAAUGGUCAAUGUCCUAAUUGGAGGUCAAAGAUGAAUAGUUUUUUUUCUUGUCCUAUCCAUAACUCUGUCAUCCAUCAAGGGAUUACAAUAUUCUUGGCAUAAAUGUUCUCCAUGAUGCGACUCCCACAACUCUAGCUUAAAGGUCAAGGUCACACUUGAAGGAAUUUUCCUGUCCGGUCUAUAACUUUGUCAUGCAAAACAGGAUUUAAAUUUCAGUUCGCAGAAGUAUUUUCCUGGAUAAGACCAUGUGUCAUGCGCAAAAUCCUGGCCCUUAGCUACAAGGUCACACUCGGAAGUCAAAGGCCAAAACGGCCUUUUUUGUGUCCAGUCUGUAACUCAACAAUGCCUAAAGGGAUUUUAAUAUUACUUGGCAUAAAUGUUUACCACCAUAAAACGGAGUGUCAGACGUAAGAACCAGGUCCCUGGGUGUAAGGUCAAGGUCUCGCUUAGAGGCCAAACAUCAGUUACAAGAAUAACUUUUUCUGGAGCACUUCGUCUUCAUGCAUGAAGGGAUUUUGAUGUAACUUUACACAAAUUGUUUACCACCAUGAGACGGAUUGCCAUGCACAAAAACCAGGAAGUAGGUCUAAGGUCAAGGUCACACCUACAGGUCAAAGGUUAAAUGCUUUUCUUUUUCAUGCGUUAAGGGAUUUUGAUGUAACUUGGCACAAUUGUUCACCACCAUGAGACACCAUUGUUUUAGAAUUAUGUCCCUUUUGUUGUUACUAUAAAUAGAUUAUAUUGUAUUUAGUUAUUACUGGAAAAAGGGAAAAAUCGAGACCACUUUUCUGUGGUGCAAUAUGCAGGUUACAUCCAAUUUUGGGUGUAUUUUGACCUAUCUCUUCCUGGUAAAGAGUUUCUCAAGGACUUAUAUAAUAUAGAUUUUUUAAAACUUAGGAAUAAUUUCUUUUUGUUGUUACUAUAAAUGACUUAUAUUGGAGAUGGUGCAUGUACCAAUUCAAACUGUAUCUGAUAUAAGUUUCUGUUAAAAACUCAAUAUUGUAGUACCUCAAUAAUAUAAUUGUUUAACUUGCAUACUUAAUUUCUCAUGCUGAAAGGCAAUAUUUAAUCCGAAAAAUUUGGUCAUACUUGGAAAAGUGAAGUCAGUGAAACAAAAAGUUAAGCAUUAUCUUCCAUUUUCAAAUGAGCUAACAUUAAGAUUACUUGUUUAUAUAUUACUGCUGAUGAUUUACUUUUAUGGUAUGGUCAUAGGAAAGAAAACAUUAUUCGUAAGGAAAAAUAUAAAUAGACUAUAUGAAUUUUAUGACAUCGAAUUCCUUAACAUUUUACAAAUUUCGUUCGUGAAGGAUAGUCAAGGCCAAUAUACGAGAUAUAAGAAUGUAUAUUCUAUCUGAUGGUCACACCAAAACCAUACAAAAACUUUACCGAAAGACGUUAUUGCACUUUUCAUACCCCGCUCCUUGUGUUUUCAAAUGUACCUAAUUUGCAUAUUGAUCGUGGCGUGCGGAAUCGCAGUUACCUUACGGAGUCUGCCGUUACAGAAACUUCUGUUAAUAUAACGUUCUUUAGUAUAAAUAGAAUUGUUGUGUUAGUUAAAAGGAAAUGACAAUCUCCUCUCUUUAGCUAAUCCGCCAAAAACAACGAAGCCGAUGUCGCUGUCAAAAGUUCCCGUAUUUAUUGUACGGUGCUAUGUUUAAAUAUUGCUAGUGUGCGAUAAGCGAUAUGCACUUCAGUUUUGCACUUGGUUUGUUGUUGUCGUUGAAUACAUAGCCUUAGGUACCAUCUCUGCUUAUAUGUUAACUAUUUUAUAAUCAGCAAAAAAGUUCCAUAUGAAAACAACUGUAGGUUUUUGUAUAUGCAAAUUUUAGUCCAAGUGUUUUGUUAUAACAUACUGCAUAUAUAGUACAAUAUUGUUUAUAAAUCAGUAAUAGUUAUAGUAUGUGUGAGAGUGUGUUACCAGGAUAUAUCAGAGCUAGGGGUACAUCGAGGGUAUUAUUCUCUGCACAUAUCGUCGAGGCCGGUAGGCCGAGACAGAUAUGUGCAGAGAAAAAUACCGAGAUGUACCCCUAGCUCUGAUAUAUCCUUGUAACACACGAGCAUUACAUAUUAUAACUGUUUUAUCGCAUAGUUUUAGAUCUAUCAUUAAAAUUAAUAUAUUAUUUUCAUUUAAAUUUGUUUAUUAUUACUUUUACUCUUUUGAUUCCCUUUCUGCGCCUCGCUGACUGAAACACUAAAACUUCUGUUUAAGAAAAUGUGUUCCCCAGAUAAAUGUAUCCAACAGAUUUCUGCAUUGGUUUUAAAUCUUUGCAUUUCAUUGGCCAAACAUAUUGUAAAACUUGUUGUUUUGUUUGUAAAAAUCAAAAUCAUAGAAACAUUGGAGAAAUCUCAGAAUUUCAUAUAUUUCAUGUAUUUCUGAAUUUGGCGAUAACUAUUGAGUUUUUGAAAUAUUUUAGUUUAUUUCUUCUUUUACUUUAUAAAUGUAGGUGUUUGUGAUAAUUCUUUCUCUGUGAAAUGUAAAUUGGAGCUAAAAUCAUCUUUUCUUUGAAAGGAAAAAAAUAUACUCCCUCAAUAGGACCUCGAUAGAGAAAAAGUGUUGCGAUAUAUAUCGGAACAGUUUUACUGUGCUGAUAUAUAUCGCAACAGUUUUUUUCUAAUUAAACUCUAUAGAGAUUUCUGUGUUGAUAUAUAUCGGAACAGUUUUGUAAAAUAACAGCACAGAUUUUGCAGUAUUAAUGUGUGUUACCAUGUUUAACAUACUGCAAAGACCAAAGGAAAAUUGCCGCACUAUGCGAUAAUUGACAGAUAUAAGUUCAUUAUGUUAUACUGCAGUAGAGAAAAUUAGGUGCCUUUCAGUAGAGGACAUUGUAUGGCAUGGCAAUACUUCAUUCACUUGUGUUAUGUAAUUUUAUCAUACUUAUAUUUAGUAAUAUUUUUCAUGAACUUUUAUAUUCUCUUUAAAAUUUAAAGAGAAUAAUUUUUUUCUAUGUUUUUAUUGAAAAAAAUGAUGCAUGAUUGUAAAAUACAGAUUAAAGCAAGUCA